GAAAGUGUGUACAGAGGCAGUAGCCAAGAGUCUUUGUGUUUGAAACUACAGUGAUAUGGAAUGCCAUUUCACAACUUGAGGGUCUACAUGUCGUCCGAGCAUGUUGUGGUGAGAGGAAGAGCAGGCCGGCCAGAAUAUAAAUAUCACGAGACGCCCUCACCAGCACAAUAAUGUUGCCAAUACUAGGACCAUCACCUUCGUUCAUCACAUCGUCCCUCUUUCUUCAACCGAUCUGACCUCCAAUCCGGACCUUGCCCGAGCCUUAUUUUCCUUCUUUUGUGCUCAGUCACCCAUUACCAACUACUACAAGACUACGAUGAAGUUCUCGGCUCUGACUACUGCCUGCGUAGGCGCAACAUUUGUUGGCAACGCUGUAGCGCACCCGGGCAUGACCAAAAUUGUCGAAGAAAUCAAGGCCAACAUCAUGUCCCGCCAGGGCGGGCCAGUCGACCCAAGCCUCAACUCCAACGAGCUCAUCGGCGACCUGACCACCUUGCAGGACAGCCAGCUCACACCCGUUGGCAAGGACAUCAAGGCGGUGAUCCUUCACCAGGCCAACGGCGAGAGCUUGGAGACGUAUCCCAACGUCCCCAGGCUGGGCACACCGCAGUGCAAGGCUGACACGUGCUGCGUGUGGCAAUAUAUCGCCAACGAGAUGGUCACCGCCUUCAAGGGGCCGUCUGGCAGGUGCACCAACGCGGCCAGGGCGGCGGUCCGCCUCGGGUUCCAUGACGCGGCCGGGUGGUCCAAGAAUACCGGGCCUGACGGCGGCGCUGAUGGAUCAAUCAUACUCAACUCGGACGAGAUCCGGCGCCCGGGAAACCGUGGCCUCGAGGAAAUCGUGACGCUGACCCAGGUCUGGUUCAACAAGUACAAGGGCUACGGCAUCUCGGCAGCAGACCUUAUCCAGAUGGGGGCAAAUGUUGCGACUGUAGUCUGUCCCCUCGGGCCUCGCACCAAGACCUACAUCGGGCGCAAGGACAACCCCAAGCCUGCCAGGGACGGCCUCCUCCCGCCCGUCGACGGAAGUGCCGACUUCCUGAUCAAGCUGUUCCAAGACAAGACCAUCCAGCCCAACGGCCUGGUGGCGCUUCUCGGUGCGCACUCGACGGCUCAGCAACGGUUCGUCGACCCCCGCCGGGCCGGUGAUCCUCAGGACAGCACCCCGGGGGUCUGGGACAUGCUCUACUACAACGAGACCAUCAACCCCAACGCACCCGCCCGCGUGUUCAAGUUCGCCAGCGACAUCAAGCUGGCCGCAGACCCGAGGAUGAGCAGGCUGUUCACUGCCUUUGCCGCACCCAACAACGCCGCGCAGCUGCCGUGGAACCUUCUUUAUGCCCGCGAGUAUGUGCGCCUCAGCCUGCUGGGCGUCAACAACAUCAACUCGCUCACGGACUGCACCAAGGUGCUCCCCCAGCCGGUCAGGACCUUUGUGCCCAGCGACAGGUGCGAGGUCAAGACGUGGAUGUCGUCUAGCAAGAACGUGCCGGCCAUUGCCAACGCGCUCCUGGAAGGCAAGCUCAUCACUUCCGUCCCGGGGCUGGCAAGCCUGUUGAGCAACAUCCUGGGUGGGCUGCUUGGGCUCAUCGGCAUCGGCCGCCAGGGUUCAAGCUGCUGA